GGUCGACAAAAGGAUCAAAAGAGCAACCUGGCAGCAGGAAAGAAAGAAGAAGCAAGAAGAAAAAAAAAACUCCUCACGUCGACUCGAUUGAACAGGAAAGGUCGAAGCAUGGAAAGAGAUCCCUCAUAACGAAACGGCUAAUAGAUGAAAACACUUGGAAGAAUGGAAAGUCUACAAUUGAGGAUCUAAUGAGAAAAUCACCAGAAAUUCACGAAAAAUGCCCAGAACAUCUGAUGAACGCCCAAGCCCAAAGCAUAUUACCCAGAAAAACAAAAAGUUCUUGUUUCAAACGCAUCAACAAAUCGAAAAGCAAAGAAAACUUACUCAUACUCAUGGUAGUUG